AAUAACACCUUUCAUGACAUGGCUGUAUGCUUACCAACAUUAACUUCAGCAAUACUACGAAGUGUCAAGCUGAAAACGUCAUUUUGUAAUCGUUUGACAGAUCUAUAUCCCAAAUUUUACGUUACAAAUACUAUGAAUUCUCAAAGUACAACGGUUGAGAAAUCUUCUUGCGUGUUUUGCAAUAUAGUUAAUAAGUUAGAGAAUACAGAAAUAUUGUAUGAAGAUGACGAUGUUUGUGUUUUUCGGGACAUUAAACCAGCUAGCGAUUAUCAUAUAUUGACUGUGCCGAAACGUCAUAUAGAAGAUGCAAAGUCCUUGCAACCAGCUGAUAAAGAACUCGUUGAAAAGAUGCUUUCCAUAGCAAAAGAAAUGCUGCAAAAAAACAAUUUGUCACUCGAUGGUGCAAGAUACGGCUACCACUGGCCACCAUUCAGAAGCGUCAGACAUUUGCACCUUCACACCAUAGCCCCUCAAUCCAAAAUGGGGUUGAUCGGAAGAAUGAUUUUCAAGGAAAAUUCAUAUUGGUUUGUUUCGCCGGAAUAUGUCGCUUCGAGACUAUGAAAAUGGCAUUCGCAUAUCGAGACUAUCAAAACAGCAGCUUAGAUUUUUUUAACUUUGGUGCUGAAAUGGUAAUUUAGUUGUCGGUAUAGCUAUAAGUUUUAUAAUUUUGUAAAU